AUGGCGGCGGCUGUGGCGGCCCCGGCCGCGGCCGUGGCGGCGGGAAGCAGCAAUGUCGAGUUCAUCCGCGCGCGCAGCGACAAGCGGGAGUACCGCCGCGUGGUGCUCGCCAACGCGCUCGAGAUCCUACUAAUCAGCGACCCCGACACCGACAAGGCGGCGGCGUGCAUGGAGGUCGAGGUGGGCUCGUUCAGCGACCCGGAGGGACUUGAGGGCCUCGCGCACUUCCUCGAGCACAUGCUAUUUUAUGCCAGCGAGAAGUAUCCUGGAGAACAUGAGUACACGAAAUAUAUCACAGAGCAUGGUGGCUCUUACAAUGCAUAUACAAGCUCAGAGACAACGAAUUUCUUUUUCGAUGUCAAUGUGGACAAUUUUGAAGAAGCCUUAGAUAGAUUUGCUCAGUUCUUCAUUAAGCCACUGAUGUCACAGGAUGCUGUUCUUAGAGAGAUAAAAGCUGUUGAUUCUGAACACAAGAAAAAUUUGUUGUCUGAUGGCUGGAGAAUGUAUCAGCUUCAAAAGCAUCUGGCUUCAAAGGAUCACCCUUACCACAAAUUCAGUACAGGAAGUUGGGAAACACUAGAAACUAAACCAAAAGUGAGGGGCCUGGAUAUCAGACUUGAACUUCUGAAGUUUUACGAGAAUUAUUCAGCAAAACUUAUGCACCUUGUUGUUUAUGGAAAGGGAUGGGCCAUGAACUUAAUGGCUGGAGAGAGCACUGACAGUAAUGAAUAUUCCUUUUUCUCAGUAAGCAUGAGGCUCACUGAUGCUGGUCAUGAACACAUGGAGGAUAUUGUUGGGUUGAUCUUCAAAUAUCUUCAUCUAUUAAAAGAAGACGGAGUCCAUGAGUGGAUAUUUAAUGAGCUUGUGGCGAUAAAUGAAAUGGAGUUCCAUUAUCAAGACAAAGUCCAUCCAAUCAACUAUGUGAUGCAUACUGUCUCAACUAUGCGGUUGUUCCCACCAGAAGAAUGGCUGGUUGGAGCAGCAUUACCAUCAAAGUAUGCACCACAAAGAAUAAAUAUGAUACUCGAUCAACUAUCACCUGAAACAGUAAGAAUAUUCUGGGAGUCCAAAAAAUUUGAAGGAUCUACGAGUUCUGUUGAGCCCUGGUAUAACACACCAUAUUCAGUUGAAAAUGUCACUCCUUCUGUGAUACAGCAAUGGAUUAAAAAAGCUCCUACUGAGAAACUCCAUCUCCCAAAACCUAAUAUCUUCAUACCAAAAGAUUUAUCUCUUAAAGAAGUGCAUGAAAAGGUUACUUUUCCAACAGUGUUAAGGAAGAGCCCACUUUCACAGUUGUGGUAUAAGCCUGAUAUGCUGUUCUCCACACCAAAGGUUCAUAUUAUCAUUGAUUUCCACUGUCCAUUAUCCAGCCACUCCCCUGAAGCAGUUGUUGCUACUGAGCUCUUUGUUGAUUUGUUAGUAGAUUAUUUGAAUGCUUAUGCUUAUGAUGCUCAAAUUGCUGGUUUAUUCUAUUCAAUAUAUCUUACUUCGGCUGGAUUCCAGGUUUCUUUAGGUGGUUACAAUGACAAGAUGAGAGUUCUCUUAAAUGCCAUACUAGUACAAAUUGCGAAUUUUGAAGUUAAGCCAAACAGAUUUUCUGCCCUGAAGGAAACAUCUGUCAAGGACUACCAGAAUUUCAAUUUCCGACAACCUUAUUCUCAAGCUUCAUACUAUGUCUCUUUGAUAUUGGAAGAUAAAAAAUGGCCUGUAGCUGAGAAACUUGAAGCUCUUUCUAAGCUUGAAUCAGAUUCUUUUGCAAAGUUUGUACCACACCUACUGUCGAAAACAUUUUUGGAAUGUUAUGUUCAAGGGAACAUUGAACCAAGUGAAGCAAAAUCUGUCGUAGAAGAGACCGAAAACACUAUAUUUAAUGCCCCCAAUUCUUUGUUCAAAUCCAUGUCUCCAUCAGAAUAUUUGACUAAAAGGGUCAUCAUGCUUGAAAAUGAGUUGAAAUGCUACUACCAAACUGAGGGAUUAAACCAGAAGAAUGAGAAUUCAUCAGUUAUCCAAUAUAUUCAGGUGCAUCAGGAUGACGCCAUUUUGAAUAUCAAACUUGAGCUGUUCUCUCUAAUAGCAAGCCAGCCAGCCUUCAACCAGCUACGAACUGUUGAACAACUUGGGUAUAUAACAAGUCUUUCUCUGAGAUUCGACUAUGGAGUCCUGGCACUCCAGGUUGUUAUCCAGUCCACAGUAAAGGAUCCUUCAUACCUUGAUGUUAGAGUUGAUGAAUUCUUUAAGAUGUUUGAAAGCAAAAUCUAUGAACUCUCCGACAAGGAUUUCAAGAGAAAUGUGAAAUCACUAAUUGAUUCUAAACUGGAGAAGUUUAAAAACUUAUGGGAGGAAUCUCAUUUCUACUGGGGAGAGAUUGAGGCUGGAACUCUGAAGUUUGAUAGAGUCGAGUCUGAGGUCGCAAUGCUAAGAGAGCUCGAGAAAGAAGAAUUCAUUGAGUACUUCGAUCAGUACAUAAAAGUGGACGCACCUCAAAGGAGGACAGUAAGCGUGCAAGUCUUCGGCGGCAACCAUUCGGCAGAAUUCAAGAAGGCGAUCGCCGAAGCUGAUCCGCCCAAAAUGUACAGAAUUACAGACAUAUUCGGCUUCAAACGAUCGAGGCCGCUGUACAGCUCACUCAAGGGUGGUCCGGGCAGGAUCACCAUGGACUGA